UCCAGGAGCUCCAGGUGCUGCGGGAGAAGCAGCGGGAGCUGGUGCGGGCCGCCCUGGCCAUGCCGCAGCGGCCGGCGGCGGGCGGAGAAGAGCAGUCCCUGUCCGCCCACAGCAAGGAGCACCGUCUGGAGGCCACCCUCUCCGCCCUGAAGGAGCAGCUGUCUCGUUUGAGGAGACAGGAUGUCGGCUUGAAAAGCCACCUGGAUCAGCUAGACCAGCGAAUAAGUGAGCUGAAAUUGGAUGUCAGUAAGACCUCCAGUGAAUACUUGGAUAGUGACAGCCGGCCCAGCUCAGGAUUCUAUGACCUGAGCGACGGUGGUUCUUGCUCACUAUCCAAUUCCUGUACCUCUGUGUACAGUGAAUCCAUCUCCUCCUCCCACACCAGUCUCUUGCCCAGCUCUCAACACCCUAAAGCAAGGCUCAGUGUGUUUGAUUACCGACCCAAGUCUGCAGAUGAAACUACUGUGCACACCACCAGCUUCCAACAGCAGGGGACCUAUGUCAGUGAUGGAUGUCAGAUUACAGCUAGCAGAGAUGUUUCUGCAGCUCCUGCCAGGUCCAGACCAAGGCCAGUUUCCACAGGUGACUUGGAAAGACUCACUCCAGCAGAUGCUAGAUUUCAGAAAGAGAUGGAUCCCAAAUCCAUAUUCCCUCUGUGCCGUAACGGAGACAUACACUUGCUCAGCGUGGACCCCAAAUUCCAGAAUGACUUGGUCUCCAAGAAUGGCAUUGAUGUGUAUCCUUACCCAAGCCCCCUUCAUGCUGUGGCUUUACAAAGUCCCCUUUUCUCCCUGGUGGGCACAUCCUCAGAACUGGACUUCCAGGCUCCUCCCAACAAACCUAUGCCUAGUGUGACAGGUCCCAACUUGAUUAGGACUAGGCCAACCACUGAGGCCAAGCCAGGGGGUUACAUCAAUAAAUUACUGCAGCUGACGAGAUGCAAAGGGAACAGUCAGGCUGAUGCCAGUGAAUGGGUUCCAACAAAGAACCAGCCAGCCGCAAUGCACCAGAGACUCAUUAUAACCCCCAGCACCGGCGGAGUGAAAAUUAACAGCAGCAGUAGCCAGCUGGAAAAACAGGCGAGUUCUCUGGAAAGUAACAAAGCUGAAGGGAAGCUGUCGAGAGAGGUGUCAGAGGGGGAAUGUGCCAAGCAGCGUGAGACCAUGCGCUGUGUGAAUGAAGAACAGCCAUUCACUCGGCCUGAUACAGAGCCAUCAGCUGUGAAUAGUUGUUACCCUGCCAAAUCAGCAGCAAGGGGUUCUCCUCUGGCAGAAGCAAUGGAUAGCAGCAUAGAGCACAGUUCAUCGUACUCACAGCUGUGCCAGGAGGACUCUAGCCCAGAGACCUGGAAUGCUAAAGCUGUCCCUCUCAGAAAGCUGCCCCUCAAAAGGUAUGACAAUGCCAAAUCCACUAGCACUGGGGGUCAUGAGCGAGUGACAGGAACUGAGUUUGUUCAUGCUCAGUUUGUCCCUGCAGAAUCCCACCAAGUCCGGGUAAAGUUUGCCAACUCCAAAACAAAGGCAGUGAAGAUAAAGAGGAGGAACAGUGAAAAGGUACUACGGCCUGGGAAGCAAGCCUUCUGCAUGGAAAAGGCAAGAGGGUCCCAUGGGGCCACCAGGCUGCCUGCUGAGUGGAAUCAGCCCCAAAGGCCACAAGGAGUGAAGAAUCUCGUGCGGAGACCUUCUUAUUCUGGUGACGUGACUGGCAGGUCAUGCUCAGAAUCUAGUCUGUUCCCUGUGCAAGUCAGGCUCCCCACCGUGUCAUCCAGGCCAGAGCUCUACGGAGCCUCUGCCAGUGCACUGCAUUCCCUCGAAGCAGCUUGUGUAGACACAGCCAACAAGAAGAAGCAGCGCAAGUGGCAGUCCACAGUGGAGAUCUCUGCCAAGGCCAACCUGGCCAGCGUGUCUCGUAGCUUUGGCCUGGGAGCGCCAAGGCAGCCAGCAAGGAGAGCCGGUGUCCUGCGCACUGUCAGUAUGAGGGCUCGCUCCAAGAAUCAACGCCACGGAGAUUAUGCCAAAAGCGAGUCAGACCACUCAGAGUACUCUGCAGAGUGUUCUUCCCUCUUUCACUCCACAAUCGCAGAGACCAGUGAAGGGGAGGUCAGCGAUUUCACAACUAACCGUUUUGGGGACAGUGAGUCCAGUGAAAGCGAUUUGGAUGGCAGCAGUAACAGCAGCAGUCUUGCCCUUGACUACGAUGAGGGGGAUGAAAGUGAACUGAUUUGGCCUGAAGGUUCAGUCAGACAAUCAGGGACUGUCCAGGCCUCUUCCAAGCCUCUUCCCCCUGUGCCCAAAAUCUGUCGCAUCAAAGCUUCAAAGGCACUAAAGAAGAAGAUAAGGAGAUUCCAACCUGCCUCUCUGAAAGUCAUGACCAUGGUUUAAGGGAGAGCAAGCAUCUGUUUCUUAUAGUGAGAUCAACCAUCCCAUACCUUCUCCCAAACAUCAGGAGGAUGAGUCUGUUCUUCUAUAAAAACAUAGUAUGUUUAAUCAAGAAGACAAGUGUAUUUGUGAAUAACAGGACUUCAGUUUGUUUCCUUUUUUCAAAACUGAGAGUAUAGGGUUGUUUUUUUCAACCCUUCUCUGUAUUUUCCAUGUUAUUGUUCAUUUGUUGAAUGGAUGAAAGAACAUGAGGGCUCUGUGUCACAGUAUAUGAAUAGCUGGGACUGAAAUUAUAGCUUUCCCCCUGAAAUUGCAAACUCAAUAAAUAUUAUUUAAUGUACUUCUGAAAGUUGUGCUUGUCUGACUUUGAU